AUGAACGUUGUGGUGCAUAUACAUGGUGGCGCAUUCCUUGGUGGCGAAAGCUUAUUAUAUGGUCCAGAAUAUCUUUUGGACACCAACGAUUUCGUUUACGUAACAAUGAAUUACCGUUUGGGCGUAUUAGGAUUUGCCUCCACUGGCGAUGGUGUUUUGCCUGGGAAUAACGGAAUGAAAGACCAAGUAGCAGCAUUGAAGUGGAUACAACAAAACAUUGUUGCAUUUGGGGGUGACCCAAACAGUGUAACAAUCUCUGGCAUGUCAGCUGGUGCAGGUUCUGUUCAUAGCCAUUUGAUUUCACCAAUGUCUAAAGGUUUGUGUAAAUGUGUAAUCUACAAUGUUAUUUGA